AGAGAAGCAGGAAGCAUCAGACAGCAGCAUGAGGAGGAGGAGAACUUAGUGGAGCUUUAUUGAUAUUAUUAUAUAUUAUAUCUAGUGUGUGAGCAGGAGGAGCUGCUGAUGGGAACCAGCCUUCAUCUUGGUGUUGUGUUGAACCAGCAUGGAAAAGGUGAUCAGCUGUUUCCAGAAGAGGCCAGAUGCAGUUUCCAGGCUGAUCUGCUUCCCCUGGGCAGGUGGAGGAUCCAACCACUACGCCCGCUGGGGAAACAUCCUCAACUCCUCCACUGAAGUGUUCUCAGUGAGGCUUCCUGGCAGAGAGAGUCGGUCCACAGAACCGUUCUUUGAGAACAUGCAGCAGAUCGUGGAUGAAGUUGUGGACGUGUUGCUGCCGCUGCUGAAGGAGAAGCCGUUUGCUCUGUUUGGACACAGCUUCGGAGCCUUUACGAGCUUCGCCGUCGCAGAUGUUCUGAAGAAACGUCACCACAUGGAACCUGCUCACAUCUUCCUGUCUGGAGCUUCUGCUCCUUAUUCAGAGAUUCGGAUCAAAGCUCCAAAGAGAAGCCAGAUGUCGGACAAAGACUUCCUGAGCUGGUUGACGUCCAUCGGAGGAACUCCUGCUGAGCUGCUGAAGAACCCUGAAGUCCUGAAGCUCUUCCUGCCGUCGCUGAAGGCCGACCUGCACGUCGUGGAGAACUUCAGGUCCGAUCGGCCCGACGCUCCCUUCCUGUCCUGUCCAGUCACAUGCUUCGAUGGAAAAGACGACGCUCCUCAUGACUUACAAGCCUGGAAAGACGUCACAUCUGGAGAUUUCACCGUUAAGAUGUUUGAAGGAUCUCACUUCUACCUGAAGGAGCCAGAAAACGAGAAGAUCAUCUUAGACUACAUCACCAAGCACCUGGAAACCUCCCAGAUGGACUAUUUAUGAUAAGAAUAAGAAUAACAGAGUAGUUUAUUUUUACUAAUUUAUCAUUCAGUGUCACUGUCAGUCCCACAGGCUUUAUACUUAAAUAAAUGUUGAAUAAACAGAAUGAUAAGCUCCAAAACUUAACACACUUCCAAUAAACUGGUUGGAAUUGAAAAUCAAGUUCGAAAAACAUGAUAAAAUGUUAGGAAUGAAUAUUGUUUGGUGCUUUAAUAACAGUCUGAAUUCAUAUUCUUGAAUUCUUUUCACACAUUUCUUGCAAAGGACCAAAUUUACACACUUCAAGCUAACUAGAACUAUGUACAGUAGCUUUUUGUACUAAUUUUUCAUGAUGUUAUUCUGUGUCACUGUCAGUCUCAGAAAUAUGACAUUUAAUUGAAGUGUAACUCUGUUUCUGCUCCCAAAAAGUCCCAAAACUAAACAUAUUUGCAAUAAAUGUGUUGCUGUUCUUGA